GCGCACUGGCGCCCUGCAGCGAGCUCGAGGCGAGCAGCAGUGCGAGGGCCACCAUGGCCGUGUAGGCGUGGCCGAAGCCGGACGAUGUCUGCUUGCGAGCACCGGCCAUGUUGAUAGCGUGGAGGCUAGUCGGGAUGAGGGAUGGAAAAGGAACCGGUCCUUGGAGUUGAGGAAGGGCCGGAGCAAGAAAAGAGAGCGUGCGAGCUGAUCUACAGCAGGCGAGCGACGACUGGCGGGAGGUGGCUACUCGAGACCGCACAGCGGAGCGAGAGGACCAGACGAAGGAGUGAAAGAGAGCUGAUGCACGCGCGCUCAAGGGAAAGUCCGAGACUGCCAGAGUCAGGGACGGAGACGAAGGAGAAGAGUGGAGAGAGUGACCGUGGAUGGGCUGGUGGUGAGGAGGCAAGCCAGGCACGCCGCCGAGCUCCGCCUUUUGAGGGCCCUGCCGGCUCGCAGCGCCGGCGACAGCUCAACUCUACGGCGUCCAUGCUCUUCCGCCGCCGGGCUCCCUCGGCGCUUGGCGCUCGUGUGACGGCCGUGGCCCUCUGCCUCGGCGCUGCAACUCCGGCGCACCCUGGCGCACAUCAAGACUGCCGAGCUGCGGCGGCACGGUGCCGAGCCUUGCCGAGGCAGAGCGUGCAGCUGCCUGAUCGAGCAGAGUUGAUGGGUCUGCUGCGGCGCUGCGCUGCGAGGAUGGGCGCUGCCGAGCCGGGAUGCGCGCACAGCCUCGCAGCGUGGAUGUUGCCGGACUACGCUCACGGCAAGGCCGAGCUGGCUUGUGCUGCUGAUGUGCCCAUCCUUGUGCUCCGGACGUGCUGCCGAGGCCGGAGAGCGAAAAAGUGAGGCAGCGCCGCCGGAGGCAGGUGCGAGGUGAGGCGAGAGGCAAGG